UGAAAUUUCAGAAAAUGCAGAAAAUGAAACCGGAAACUGAAUCCGAAGAGUGAAGUUUCGAUUUCUUCAGAGUUUGUUCCUUGUGUUCCAUGGCGAGAGUGAAGCACACGCCAGCUUCGCGCAAAGUUGGUAAAGGUAAAGCCAAAAGCGCUUCCACGUCCACUCCACCGUCACAGCAAUCGCCUGUGACUAGAAGUAAUAGUAGGGCUCAACAAAAGGAGCCGCAGGAAGCAGCAGCAGCGCCACAGACGCAGGGAAAGAUGAAAAAGCGCAGUAAGCCAGGAACAGCGGCGCUUCGCGAGAUACGUCGUUUUCAGAGAAGUUGUGAGCUUCUUAUUCCGGCUGCCCCCUUUAUCAGAUGUGUCAAACAAAUUACACAUCAAUUCUCUACGGAGGUGUCUCGCUGGACGCCUGAAGCUGUGAUAGCACUGCAGGAGGCAGCUGAGGAAUGUCUGGUUCACUUGUUUGAAGAUGGAAUGCUAUGUGCAAUUCACGCUAGACGUGUUACACUUAUGACAAAGGAUAUUCAGUUGGCUAGGAGGCUUGGAGUAAUAGGAAGGCCUUGGUGAAUGUACAAUGACAUUAGUGCUUUUGUCUGUAAAUCCUGCUGCCAAAUUAGACUGAUUAUUUGGUAUUAUAUAUUAUUAGGAAAUAUAAUGUAACUCAUUUUGUAGUUUAAACAACAAUGAUAGAAUUCAGAUUGAGAAACAACCCUUAUAGAAUGGUUUCUACCAUGACUUUAAAU